AUGGACAGCGAGCCAGCAAUCAUCGAGACGGUCCCCGACCCCGACCUUGUUCUAAUCGUCGGACCGAGUAAGGAGCGCAUCCCCGUCGAGUUGGCCAUCCUCAAAGCCACCUCACCCGUCUUCGCCUCGAUGCUCUCUCCACCUUGGCUGGAAGCCCAAAGCAAGGAGAUUUCCCUCCCCGAAGACGACCCAAAUGCGAUGCGUUUCAUCACUCUCACCCUUUCGUACUACAACGAGCACGAGCUCGUGACCAAAACCCAGACGCCCCAGGAGAUCUUGCAGAUUGCUAUUGCAGUGGACAAGUACGACCUGUGUGCGGCGCUCAAGUUUGCGCUGGACUACUUGUUGAGGGACGCGAGUAAGAGAUACACGGCGGAAAACGACGAGUUCAUGGAGGACGACGAGCCCGGGGAGCUCCUCGUAUACCUUUGCGCCGCGGCUUACGUACUCGGCUGGUGCGAGUGGUUUAGUAGAUUUGCACUGGACCUGAUAUGUUGCCAUAGGAUGUCCUUCAUUACGCUCAUGGAUGAUGUAUUGAUUAGUAGUAUCAUCCCUGAUAUGUUCUUUGGUGAGUUCCUUAAUUCUCUUACUUGUCAUGAGGAUGGAAUUUGCUCCGCCCUGUUAUCGGGCAUUGGUGAUUUGCGGGUUCUGCUCCAUGAAGACAUCUCUUGGUUUAAAGGGGACUGCCCGCAGGAUGGAAAGCCGCACCACACAAUCAUUCAAGAAAACUCGACGUUCAGUCACAUGGUGCAAAGGGAGUCGUCACACCUCUAUUUUUGUCUUCGCGACCUGAAAAUCAAGGAGAAUUGCUACGUAGAGCAUGCACGACUAACUCUCGCUUAA